GACCGCUCCUGGCGAGACGCCAUUGCUUCGCUUUUUGCAUUUCUGGGCAUUUCACUGAUUUUUUUUUUUUUUUUUUUUUUUUUUUCCAUGGGCAGAGCUGGGUUUUGGGGUCACCCUGCCCUCCCACCCAGAGGAGGGUAAAGGGGAGAGUAAUUUAAUGCUUUCAGAGACCCACAGUCCUUAUGCAAAGCAAGCACCAGCAAUGCCUGAGGGGGUUAAUUAGCACCAAUUUUAGCUCUUCCUUGAGAGGCAGAAAUACCCCUGUAAGGAAACACAACUCCCCUGUAUCGGGCAGGGAGAAGCGGAGCCAUCCCUCAUCCGCAACGCCAGGUUUGCUGCACGGGCAUUGCUGCAUCCCCCUCUGCCCAAAAAAUCCACGGCAAUGCCGGCGUGGUGUAAGCGCGUGGAAGGCAUCGCCUCCUCCACCAGCUCCAUGUCAGGCUGGGGCAAUUAGCCGGAGCCAUUAAUGCUGAUGCUGUCAGUCGCUAAUGAGGUAGGUGUUCCCAGAAGGCGAGCAGGACGGGUGCGGGGAGUCUCUGGGUGCUGGCAGCGAGCCGCGGAGGACGUCGGCACCGGUCAACGUGCAGGUCCUGGGCGCUCUCGGACCACGCUUGGCCCUACCUGCUGCGGCUGCAGGCUCACCCGGGUGGGGAAAUACAGGGAAAGCAAGAUCAAACGCACCAAAAGCAGGUCACAGAACUGCCUCUGCUGCAGCCGGGCAAAACAACUACUCAUUAGGGUGAUUACAGGCAGAGGAACUACCCCAGCUCCCUGCUAACGAGCACCUGACCCGAGCAGGUCUCUGCAGCCCAAACAAGCCCCCGGGGCUGUUGUUCCAUGUUCAGCUCUGUGGCAGCUUUGGAGGUUUCCCCAGUGCUCAGGCUUGGCCCAGUUCCUCACCCCACGAAGGGUCUUAUGAGCCCACCAGUGUCGGGGCCCCCAGUCCCCUCUGUGCCUCCUCAGGCUUCGGUUCUCCAUCGCACACGAUCGUUAGAGGCAUCGGCCUCGGAAACACCUAAGGAGGAUGCGCGCUUGCUCAGGAUGCGAUCCGAGAGGUCCUGAGCACCCUCAGCUCCUGCCAGGGCAGUGCAACCCUUCCUGGGCACCCAUCCUGCCUGGCUCCUGUGGCAGGAGUCCCCUCGGCCACCAGCAACGUGUGGGCAUGUCCCACCACCUUGGGCAAAAGAUGUAGCAAGACCCCCGGCACCUCCCCACGGCGCUGGGCUUAACCCGGCGCGCUCGGUUGUCCGCAUCGCAUCGCUCACUGCCUCUCCCAGCUUCACGCUCCGAGGAGGCCCUUCCUGAGGUGAAGGGGCUGUUCAUGGAGGAGGUCCAGUCUGCAGUGGAGGUCCUGACGUGGCAGAGGUCCUACUUGUGACGGAGGUCCCGUUCAUGGUGGAGGCCCUGUUUGCGAUGGAGGUCCCGUUCGUGGUGGAGGUCCUACUUGUGGCAGAGGUUCUGUUCAUGGUGGAGGUCCCAUUCAUGGUGGAGGUCCCACUUGUGGCAGAAGCUCUGCUCAUGGUGGAGGUCCCGUUCGUGGUGGAGGUCCCGUUCACGAUGGAGGUCCUACUUGUGGCAGAGGUCCCAUUCAUGGUGGAGGUCCCACCUGUGGCAGAAGCUCUGCUUGUGGUGGCGGUCCCGUUCGUGGUGGAGGUCCUGUUCAUGAUGGAGGUCCUACUUGUGGCAGAGGUUCUGUUCAUGGUGGAGGUCCCACUUGUGGCAGAAGCUCUGCUUGUGGUGGCGGUCCCGUUCGUGGUGGAGGUCCCAUUCACGAGGGAGGUCCUACUUGUGGUAGAGGUUCUGUUCAUGGUGGAGGUCCCAUCUGUGGCAGAAGCUCUGCUCGUGGUGGAGGUCCCGUUCGUGGCAGAGGUCCUGUUUGCAAUGGAGGUGGAGGUCCCACUUGUGGCAGAGGUUCUGUUCAUGGUGGAGGUCCCAUUCAUGGUGGAGGUCCCACCUGUGGCAGAAGCUCUACUCGUGGUGGAGGUCCCGUUCGUGGUGGAGGUCCCAUUCACGAUGGAGGUCCUACUUGUGGCAGAGGUUCUGUUCAUGGUGGAGGUCCCACUUAUGACAGAAGCUCUGCUCGUGGUGGAGGUCCCGUUCAUGGCGGAGGCCCUGUUUGCAAUGGAGGUCCUACUUGUGGCAGAGGUUCUGUUCAUGGUGGAGGUCCCACCUGUGGCAGAAGCUCUGCUCGUGGUGGCGGUCCCGUUCGUGGUGGAGGUCCCACUUGUGGCAGAGAGCCCCUAG